AUGGGGAGUCUCGACAUUUUGCCCGAGCACGUCAUUUUGAAAAUACUGCGGCAUCUAGGAAGCCUGAUACAUGUGGCUAGAUCUGGAAUGAUUUCUCGACGAUGGUACAGAGUGAGCCGACACGACACGUUCUGGCAAAAUGCUGAGUUCUCAGGCGAUUCACGCUUGACUCUCCGCCAGCUUACCGCCUUCAUAAAAUCGCCUUUGGCAGCAAAGGUCGUUCAUUUGAGCAUAGAAGGUUAUGUGGUCCGUUCUGCAAGACUGAACACUGCGUCCACUAUCACUAACCAUGUGCUUUCGUUAAUGAGCAGAAAAAUGGAGAAAUUGCGAUCUCUCACAAUUGAAAAUGCCAAUAUAAGCAACAUCUCCUUCAAGUGU